CGAUCGUAAGGAGUCCAAGGACCCCACUGGUCAGCUCGUAUCGAUAUUAUUGGAAAAGGAAGCUGCCAGGGAACAGAAAUGAAAGGAGAAGGAGGCGCAAAAGAAAGAACGAAGAGAAGCUUUGGAGAUGGAGGCAAGACGAAAGCGCAAGGAGGAGAAGAAGGAACGAGAGCGCAUGGAGAAUGACCUGAGGGUUGCCCGUAUUGUCGAUAUGCAGUUGUCGCAUCGAUGGGGAUCAUUGCGGCAGCAGCAGGAGAUUAGCAGUAAGAAGGAUCGGUCCCGACGUAAGAAGAAGCUACAACGGAAACUGCGAAGAAGAGAAGAGCCAAGUGAACCUGAAUUCGACGAAGAAGUUGAAGCACUUCGUGCUGAUACCGAACGCAUGGAGUUGUGCCCUAACUCAUCUAGCACGAAUGAUGACAAUUGUGCAGCACCAGCCAUUACGCCGCUUACCAGGACAGCUCGGAAAAUGUACAGUACCAGCAGAGGAAGAGGACGACCGCGCAAGAUGUUGCCGUUGAAGCCAUACAACAUCGCCAGUGAAAUCGUUCCUGAGGCUGGACCUGACGCCCGAGCCCGCUCCAUUCGUAAUGCUAAGGAGCAACUCAAGACGUUGGAUUAUAAGGAAGUGAAGGACCUCUGUAAGCGGGAGCAAGUUCCGUACAUACGUAAACAGCAGGCGAUCGCGAAUCUGGUGGAGCAUCGAGCGCCCAGAGCCUUUGGAAGAGACCGCAUGGCACCACCUGCUACACAUCCUCCGCCUCUUCCUGUGAUCACCGAGAGUAGCUCGGAGGCUGCAUCGUCUUCCGACGUGUUUGAUGAAGGCAGUGGUAGCGAUGAAUGGAGCAACUGGCCUGUAGAACGUUUGUGGGGUAUCUGCCGUGGUCUUAUUCGUGAACGGAAGAAACAAGUAGGCGUUAACUGCAAAUUGGAGGCAAGCUUGAGAUGGGUGGUCUUUGCACUGCCGAAGAGAGGGGGCAUCCGCUGGGGUCAUAAAUUCCUCAACGAUUGGACUUCAUGGUGUUUGGAUCACGAUGAUGGAUUCAAUUCUGCCUCUUGCUGUGUUUACGUGGCUAUCUCGCCCUUUUGCAAAGCUGUGUACAUCGGUAAAACGGAGCGAAAUCUUGAUACUCGCUGGGGUGAGCACUUGCGUAAAUGUGGACAAGGGGGUCCGGGCAACCAUUUUCGCCGUUGGCUAUCAAGCUAUGGUAAGGAAAACUACGUUCUCCUGUCUUUAAUUGGCGCACCCGUGCAUGAACUGUUAGCAGUGGAAAAUUUUUAUAUUAGACACUGGUGUCCCAUACUGAAUACUGUCGGACGCAAGUGCUCUAACUCUCCACGUAGACGGAGAGGUAAACGUGAGAGACGCAAAUGCCCUGUUGAUAAGCAGGAAACGUGUGCUGAGGUCAGAAUCAUCUCAUUUUGUGUGAAUAACGGCAAGGGAAGCAUGCAGUUGAAUAACCUAUUGAUUGAGCAAGACCGUAAUCAGAUCAGAAAUUUCACAUUAGCAUCUAGUGGAGGUACAUCGUGGUACGAUGGAUGGAAACGAGUUAAGCGACUGUUCGGUUAAACUCUGGUUAAGACUAGUAAAGGUUUUUGUCUACU